UGCUUACGUUUGGCUGGCAUCGCGCUAAUUUCCGCAUUCCCAAAUCCUCCCAGAUUGGGAUCACGUUUAGAAAAUCGGGCUGAUGCAACGAUUCCCACUUUUUAAAAUCUACUCGCGACCCUCGGCUGAGCACAAGAAAGGACAUUUGUUGCACCUGGGAUCCAAGUCAGCUGUGGUCACGACCGAGCCUGACGCGAUGCCAGGACAAAUCCCAGACCCCUCGGUGACGGCGGGCUCCCUGCCCAGCCUGGGCCCUCUGGCCGGGAUCUCGGCCACCACGCUGACUGACAAGCUGAAGUUUGGCGACCUGCAGGAGCUGGGGAGCAUGCUGUCGCCGCUGCACUUCCUGGACAGCCUGGGGAAGAGGCCGCUCGUCAUCAAGACAGAGAGAGACGAAGAGGAGGAGAGGAGGAAACGGCGACGAGAGAAAAACAAAGUGGCAGCAGCUCGAUGUCGAAACAAAAAGAAGGAGAGGACGGAUUAUCUACAGAAGGAAUCGGAACGACUGGAGAUGCUGAACUCUGACCUCAAGGCGCAGAUCGAGGAGCUGAAGCUGGAGCGGCAGCAGCUGAUCCUCCUGCUGAACCGCCACCGCCCCACCUGCAUCGUCAGGACGGACAGUGUGAAAACCCCGGAGGGCGAGGCCAACCCGCUGCUGCAGCAGCUGGAGGCCAAGUGACAGGAGGCGGCGCGGCUCCGCGGCCGGCCCUCAGCACUUAGCCGUGACGGGGGGGAGGAGGAGGAGGAGGAGGAGGAGGACCGGACCACGCCGUCCUCCCCGGACCGGAGACCACAGCACGGGGACGAUCGGACAAUGCUCUGGCAGUUUCUGCAAACUGUAUUUUUUUUUUUUUUUCAAAUUUCCACCUCUUCCUUUUCGUUUGCCGUUUGGUCCACAGAAGUCAAGAAGCCGCAGGAGCAGUUUGUAUGAAGUUCAGCUGAGACACAGUGAAGACUUUUCGUUCAGCAAUCCUGAUUUGAUCAAUCCUCUCGAUUAGGACCAGCUCCAGCAUGAUUUGGACUUUAUUUUCAGCUUUUCAGCUCUGUGCACCUCCACAGUGGAGUUAGAAUGGAAUUCUCAAAUUCAUUUGACUGUUUUUACACGUGAAUCAGGUGAACGGUUUAAGGAUCAAACCAUGUUUUACAUCUUUCCUCCACCUUUUAUUUGAAGGUUCAGUAGAAAUUUGGCAAUUACCUGCUUGAACCAAGUUUUUACUUUCAGUUUGAAGGUCCUCAGCUCAUUUCAAAUGAAGAGUGGACAAAUAAACUUGGUAUAUUUUCAGUACCAAAGAUUUACAAGGUCAUAUCUGGGUCCACUGUGGUGAUGCAUGAGGCCAGUACCCUGAAAACUGUUCAUACAGAUAGAAAUGUAGCCGGAUGCUGUGGAGAUAGACUUUAUAGAAAAACAAAUUGCAGGAAUGUUUAAUUCUUCACAUACUUAAAGAGUAAAACGUAGUUGAUUCCCAUCCAUGUUCUGCCUCUUUUGGUUCUCCAUACGAUCAGUGGCAGAAUGAUUGAGCCUUUUGUUUUCUCCUUUAUUCCAAUGUUUUGGCGCAGGCGUCAUGUAUGCACAUAUAUAUGGAGUGUUUACAUUGUACUUUAUUUUCUGUUACCAUAUUGUUUCUACCAUUUAUGCUUUUUUAAUACUUUUGUAUAUGAUGUUAUAUAAGCGUAUAAGCUAUACAAAUCUCCUUUUGUAUAUCCAAAUGAAAUAAAUGUUUAGUUUCUUUUUUUACUGGA